AUGAGCUCACCCAUUAGCAGCAGCCGCUCCCUUGCCGCCUUCCUGCAGCAGCUUCGCAGCCUGGGGCAGCCACCCAGACCCGUGACAUCGACGGCGUGCUCGCCCCGUCGGCCGAGGGAGGUGCCCCUUUGCCCCGUGAUGGAACCGGGCGAGGCGCAGGACGCGGCCACCCUGCCCGGUCCCACCAAGUGGCCGCUGCUGGGCAGCCUGCUGGAGAUCCUCUGGAAAGGAGGCCUCAAGAAACAGCACGACACGCUGGUAGAGUACCACAAGAAGUACGGCAGGAUUUUCCGCAUGAAGUUGGGGUCCUUCGACUCGGUGCACCUGGGGUCCCCGUGCCUGCUGGAAGCGCUGUAUCGCAGCGAGAGCGCGCACCCCCAGAGGCUGGAGAUCAAACCUUGGAAGGCCUAUCGCGACUAUCGCCAGGAGGGCUACGGGCUGCUGAUCCUGGAAGGAGAAGACUGGCAGAGGGUCAGGAGUGCCUUUCAAAAGAAACUAAUGAAACCAGUGGAAAUUAUGAAGCUGGACGACAAAAUCAAUGAGGUCUUGGCUGAUUUUAUGGGUAGAAUAGAUGAGCUCUGUGAUGAGAGAGGCCGCAUUGAAGACUUAUACACGGAGCUGAACAAAUGGUCUUUUGAAAGCAUCUGCCUUGUGCUGUACGAGAAGAGAUUCGGGCUCCUUCAGAAGAACACAGGAGAGGAAGCUCUGAACUUCAUCACGGCCAUCAAAACAAUGAUGAGCAUGUUUGGAAAGAUGAUGGUCACCCCGGUCGAGCUGCACAGGCGCCUCAACACCAGGGUCUGGCAGGCGCACACGCAGGCCUGGGACACCAUCUUCACAUCAGUCAAAGCUUGUGUGGACAACCGGUUAGAGAAAUACUCUGAGCAGCCCAGCAUGGAUUUGCUUUGUGACAUUUAUCACCACAAUCAGCUUUCAAAGAAAGAGCUGUACGCGGCCAUGACGGAGCUCCAGCUGGCUGCGGUGGAGACGACGGCAAACAGCUUAAUGUGGCUUCUCUACAAUUUAUCCCGUAAUCCCCACGUGCAACAAAAGCUUCUUAAGGAAAUUCAGAGUGUGUUGCCUGAGAAGCAGUUGCCACGGGCAGAGGAUUUGAGGAACAUGCCAUAUUUAAAAGCCUGUCUGAAAGAAUCUAUGAGGCUUAACCCGAGUGUUCCCUUUACAACGCGGACUCUUGACAAGGCGAUGGUUCUGGGGGACUAUGCUUUACCCAAAGGAACUGUGUUGGUUCUAAAUACCCAUGUGUUGGGAUCCAGUGAAGAAAACUUUGAGGAAUCAAGCCAGUUUAGGCCUGAACGGUGGCUUCAGGACAAGAGAAAGAUCAACCCUUUUGCCCAUCUCCCCUUUGGCGUUGGGAAGAGGAUGUGCGUCGGUCGCCGGUUAGCUGAGCUCCAGCUCCACCUGGCGCUCUGCUGGAUCGUCCGCAAAUACGACGUUGUGGCCACGGACCUCGAGCCUGUGGAGAUGCUGCACUUGGGCAUUCUGGUGCCCAGCCGGCAGCUCCCCGUCGCUUUCUGCCAGCGAUAGGAAGCCUCAGUUUUUUUUUUUUUAACCAAGAGCAAAAGCAAGAAUUUUGACCCUCCCGCAAGAAGGAAGUUUUGGGCUAAUCACGACUGGAAAGCAAAGGUGGAGAACCAGAGCAUGAAACGACACGUAAAGAACAUUUGGGCUCAGACGUUUACGCUCCGUCUUCUGUACCGUUGUCCCAGAAACUGUACUGCCCGUGUCGCUGAUGGUGCUAAGACUGCAUCGGGCUCGGGGAAAGCAGACGGAGUGCUGGGAGACCCGGCCCUCCGCAGGGAGCACACGCCGCGCACACGAGACUCACACAACGAUGUCGGCACCGCCCUGGUGGCGCAGGCUUGCUCAUCUUGCUAUUUAGUCUUGCAUCUUCCGUGACACGACGGAGCAGCUGGGUGCCUCUCUCUUAGUCAGGCGAAAGUCAUUACAUGUUUCUGGCCCUGCCGUGUCAGACUCACCGCUGAAAUCCUCACUUCUCAAAGUUCACACUUCACAGUGAAAGAUCUCCUAUAGCCGGAUUGUCGGCGGCUCAGGGUAAUAUUGGCAAUCCAUUUAUUGUAACUCUGCUUAAUAUAAUGUUUGGGGAAAUACUGUGAAAUGAUGGAAGCAAAACUAAAUGUUGGUUCAUGUUAUCUGGUCCCUAUAAAACUGUUUUUUUUUUCUUAUUUUGAAAUAGAAACAUUAUUGAAAAAUUAGAGAAAAUCUCUAUGCUAAGAACAACUUUAAUGAAGUCAAAACUCCUGUUCAAGGAUCUGUUAAUGAUUUACCAUGCAUCCUUGUGUUAAAGGAUCAUGAAAUUAUUUAAUUAUGACAUUGCAUCUAUGUAAUCUAUGAUAUUAAGGUGUGGAUCAACAGUUUUUAAAUUGUGUGUCCUAAUGACAAUUUGCUUACAUCAUUUAAAAAAUGUAUAUAUAUUAUUUAGGAUCUGAAGUUUAUUUAGAGCAAUGUUCUAAAGUUUAGUUAUAGCUUAAAAAUAUUCAGUGACGUCCCCUGCCUUAAUUUUCCCAGCUGUAGAAUGAGUCAGUAGUAAAGUGUGCAGGCAUUAUAGAUUAUGUAACUCGUGUUAAGUGAUUUGAACUCCUUGGGAAAUUGUGAUUUAGUAUACGGAAAAUACAUAUAGAUUUAAGCAAUACUUAUAAAACUUCCUUAAAAAUUAUGUUUACAUACAGUUUAUUUGCAUGUUUUUACUACUACUUUUCCUAAAAGCAUACUAUAUAUUUCUGUAUAUUUGAUAAAUAUUUCCCUUUUUAGGUUGUAUCUUCAGACUAUUUCAGAAGUGUACAUUUAUAUCUUCAUAUAUGAAUGAAUAUGUACAUAUCAUUAAAAUGGGUUUAAGCUUCCUGUUGUGAAAGUUUUUAGAAUUAUAAAUCCACAUGUGUUGUCAGACUUCAUCUGUAUAUCUUCUUUGAAUUCUCUGAAAGUAAGAAUAAA